AUGGCUCACCCUUCUCCUCCAGCAACCGUCCUCGCCUCGCAUCUCUUAGCACAGACCACGUCGGCCAUUGGUGUGCUGGAGUCACUCGGCAUAAUCUCUUCCCAAGAUGCUUCCCUCAUACGUUCCAAGCUCCCUUCUCCCGCCGGUCCCUUCCCCACCCUCACCCCGCCUUCACCUCGGAACGAUGUGUCUGGUCCGUUCGGUCGUAUGAACAUGGGUCCACCGGGACAACAGCAGAUCGGUCCUCCUGCUUUACCGGCUCGCAGGGCCGAGGUACGGGCCAAGGCUUUAUGGGAUUAUCAUGGGACUGAAGCAGACGAUCUUGUGUUCAGAGCAGGGGAUAUGAUCAUCAUUGACGAAGAAGUCAACGAACAAUGGUAUCGCGGUAGAGUCAUACCUCCCGGUCAAUCUGUUCCCAUCGAAAGGUCCGGUCUGUUUCCCAGUAAUUACGUCGAAAAACUGUCAGCUCAUUCUCCUGUUCAAGCACCCGGUCCAGGUCCGAGUGGUCAAUAUUACGGUUCAUCCCCUCAGUCUUCUCAUCCUCCCGGUCCGAUGUAUCAACCACCACCUCAACAAGGUUACAACCAGUACGAAAAGCAAUACCAGCAAUAUCCCGGUCAACCGCAACAUGGUCAGAUGAUGCUCGCUCAGCCUCCCCCAGUGCCAGCACCCGCUCCCAUCGUUGUGCAACAAGAGGAGGCUCGUAAGGGUAAAUUUGGACGUUUGGGGUCUCAGCUUGGUAAUGCCGCUGUUUCCGGAGCCGGCUUCGGAUUUGGGUCAGCAGUCGCGUCGGAGAUGGUCCAUAGCAUUUUUUGA